AUGGACGCAUACAUCACCAAACGUCUGGCAGAUGAAUUGCCUGUAACGACACAGCACAUAUCAAGGAAGUAUUUUGUUCCAGUGCAAGAGGCGUCUGAUGCGUUACGUGAGUAUGCUACACGAAACUCAAAUGUGUGUGUGAAAUACUCUCUAUGUGGGAUUGAAAAAGCGGGAAACGGACGCAGAGCCGAUAUAUUGAUUAAUAUAGUUAGUGGAGACGAACUAGAAAAGGCUAGAGGGAGAUUUGAAAGGGUGGUGUCUGAGCAAGUUUUCAGUGUGGCAAUUGGUCAUGCCGAACUUUCGAAUAUAAUUGAAAUGUCAAGGGUUUCAUUUACCUAUAGUGAAGACGAUAUGAGUAAAUGUAGGUUGAUUCAAACUGAAACGUCUGAUUAUGAAAUAUCGUCAACCGGUGCAGGUGUUGUACAACCAGAAGAGAAGGUUCCAAUUAAAAGAGAGUCUGAUAAACCAAAGGAAAUCCUUAAAGAUAAAGAACCAUCAAGACCCGUUUAUACAUCAAGAAAAGCGGCUUCUACGCCGGUAGUAAAUAAAAAACCAGUGUAUGUAUCUAGAAAAAGAAAAGAAGACGUUAUCGACAAAGAAACAAAUGUGAAACGAAGUAAAGUGGAUGCGGAAGAAGAGGAGAAAAAGAAGAAACAAAGAGAAGAGUUAGAGAGGAUGAUUGCAGAUGACGACGGAUUCAGUGAUGAUGAUUUUGACGGUGUGAUUGUUGAUGGUGGUAAAGAGGAGGAGACUGCUGAGAUCUACACAGGGGAUGAUAUUGAUGUUUCUCUGGAGGAAGAGGAGAUUACGGUUCAUUCGCAAGAUGAGGUGGAUAAAGUUAAAGAAGAGCCAGCGCCACCAUCUACGUCCAAUGAAUAUAGUGAGUCUAAAAUAGAUGCCAAGGAAGUUCCUGAGGUGGAGACUUAUACAGAUGCAGACGGGUUUAUCGUUCGCAAGGUAAAUAGAAAUGCCAAUACCGUGCCACCCCCACGCACUCCACGGACACACACUGUGGAGUUGAAGAAACCAGGAAAUACCGGGCCAAAGAAACAGGCAAACCUUAUGUCAUUUUUCAAGAAGAAGUAG